UUAAUCUUCGAAUUUUUUUUGCUGUUGUUUAACAAUCAAAAUUCCUGCACUACUAUUUAUUCUAUGGGUAAUGGCGAUGCGAUAAUGUUGCAUUGUUUGAUAUGGCAAUGGAGACCCCUAUUUAUUUGUAUGCAAUUGUGAAUUAAUUUGUUGACUAGUGAGUUUCAGGGAAUUUUUUAAUUUUGUGUUGUAACAGUGAAGCAUCAAGAUACCGUAUGUUUUCUUGGUUAGCUUGUAGUUGUGAUAUUCCGCUAGGAAAACGAAAUGUCAGCGGAAAAUGAAAAUGCCUGGCGUACAUCCACAUUUAGGCAAAGUGUUGUCGCCAAAAUAGAUGAAGCGAUUCAGAGAGCAGGUGUUCCCAUCACAAAAAAUAGCAAUGAUAUGGAGGAUCAUGUCUUUCAGAAAGCCAAAACCAGGGAAGAAUAUCUGGGCUUCGUAGCGAGACUUAUCCUUCAUGUCCGAGAAAUGAGCUCCAAGAAGGGAGGCAGUGCCGGAGGAGCCCAGGGAAUGCCGCAGGAUCCCAUCAAUGCCCUGCAGACUCUAGCGAGGACAGGUACAGGAAAUAACCAGAUAAUGGGCCUAGGUCCUGGCCAGGGAUCAGGAAUGGUUGCCCAACCUUCACAGUCUGCUACUAACUUGUUGCAGACACUUAAUCAGCGGCCGGGCCAGCAGCUGCCCAAUAUGCAGGGCUUGCAGAGUAAAAUGUCGGACAUGAACAUGGUUCCUGGCGGACCGCAGGUCAGUUCCAUGGUGCAAAUGCAAGGCCAGAUGCAAGGUCAGAUGCAGGGUGGCCAAAUGAGAUUGCAAAUGGCCGGGCAAAUCCCCAACCAGAUGUUGGGGGCAAUGGGUGGCCAGAUGCCGGUGCAGAUGCCCGGACAGAUGCCCGGACAGAUGCCCGGACAGAUGCCCGGACAGAUGCCCGGUCAGAUGCCCGGCCAGAUGCCCGGUCAGAUGCCCGGCCAGAUGCCUGGACAGAUUCCAGGCCAGAUGCCAGGGCAGAUGGGACAGAUGCCCCAUAUGGGACAGAUGCAGGCCCAGAGGAAGGGGAACGAAGGCCUGAUGAUGGGAGCACAAAACGCAGGGUUCGCUGUCCAGAGGAAUGUGGCCCCGGGUCAGUUCUUCCGCCAGACUCCGUCCCCCACGGCGCCGUCUCCCGUUGGCUUGGGUACCGCUCCACCAAGCAAUCAGAUGGCAGCAUCUUCGCCAGCCCUAGUGCCGUCGCCUACCUCUCAGCUCACGCCGAUAUCUGCACCACAGCGCUCAGUAGGGAUGGCCCCGUCGCCCAGCAGCUCGCUGAACACGCCGGGCCAGGCGGUGCCCACCCCCAGCCCCUGCAGCGGCUUGCAGGAGGAGCAGGUGUACCGCGACAAGGUGCGCCAGCUCAGCAAGUACAUCGAGCCGCUCCGGCGCAUGAUCAACAAGAUGGGCAACGACGAUGUGGAGAAACUAAGUAAGAUGAAGAAGUUGCUGGAGAUAUUGUCAAACCCUAGCAAGAGAAUGCCCCUGGAGACUCUUUUGAAGUGUGAGGUGGUUUUGGAGAAGUUAGAUUUCAAAAGAGGGGAAGGUAGCAUCGCUCUGCAGCCGACCCUCCCCGGGCCGAAGGAGGUGCACAUAUUCAGUCCGCUGCUGGAGGCAGUGAGCAGCGCCCUGCAGAGCCCCGUGGCCAACCACACCUUCCAGCGCACCUUCGGGCCCUGCCUGGAGGCCCUGUUCGGACCAGAGAUAAAGAUGUUGCCACCCCCACUGAAGAAAAAGAGAUAUGAGGAACCUCCUAGUGAUAUUCCUGAUGUGCUCCAAGGCGAGAUUGCCCGUCUUGACCAACGAUUCAAGGUGAGCCUGGACCCGACGCACCAGCCCGGCUCGCGCUCGGUGCAGCUGCUGUGCUGGCUGGACGACCGCCAUCUGCCGUGCGUGCCGCCUGUGUCGGUGUCCGUGCCCGAGGACUACCCGCGCAGCCCGCCCUCCUGCCACAUGGCCCCGCACGAGUACUCCUCCACCCAGUUCCUGUCCGCCGUGCAGAAGGCGCUCACGGCCCGCGUGCACAAGCUGCCCGGCCGCUUCUCCGUGUCUCAGCUGCUUGACACGUGGGAGAUGAGCGUGCGACAGGCCUCGGCCCCUGUGCAGACUCCCCCGUCUGCCGCUACCGUGCUUAUGGGCCUCUGAGUUGUGGUGCUACUCAACUUCCGAAGAAUUUGCAGCCAUUGCUAUCUACAGUUCUGAUGAAUAGCUACAGUAAAAAAAAAAAAGUUGCCAAAUUUUAUCUCCUAAAAAUGUGUAUUUCCAUUUUAUACUUUAUGUUGAAUCUGUAAACUUUGUGAUGCCAAGCUUUUGAAAUACGUACUUCCAAUUUUGAAAUAUAAAUGUUGAUAUGAACAGUAAGGGAAAAAAUAGUUGGUUAAUGGUUUGAAAACUGGUAUCAGUAAAAUUACAAAUAUCAAUACUGAUGUAAUAAUAAUUAUAAACUUAUUUACAAAACUUUGUUGUGUAGUAAAUAAAAAAAAAAAUAUUUAAAAAUUGAAACUUAUAAGAUUUAUGAUUAGGUCUACAUUGCCGAGCAACAAACAUUUGCUUAAAAGAUGCAGACAUUGGAAGUUUAGACAUGUGUAGCAAAUGCCAAUAUUAUUUUUUUUAUAUAUUUUAUGCACAAAAAAAAUUGUAAAUGUAGAACCCUUUUAUUAUGUUUUCCAUGGAAAAAACUAAGUAAUGUAAAAAAAAUUGAAUACAUGACAAUUUCAAAAUCAGAAA